GCGAGCGAACAUCGACCCUACUAGUUUGGAUGAACCAUUGUGACCCUUCGCACCCGAUCCUUUUUGACCGCGUAAAAGAUGGUUGAGUGUUUGGUGCAGCUUCGGCAACUCUAUGUCAUCCUGUGGAAGAACAUCUUCAUCAACAGGAUUCGGUGUCAUUACUUCACCACUGUUCUGGAGAUCGCUCUCAUGGUCGCCCUCAUGAGCGGCAUUCAGAGGGACGCGGUCAUGCAGGAACCAUUCAUCCGACACCCGGACACCCUGUACCCUCCCGCCCCCACGUCAAAAUACUGGAUGACUCAGAAGAAUAUAAGCAACAUAGACACAGUGAUCUUCUUCCCCGACACAAAGUACUUCGCACGGCUCGUAUUGUUCGCCGCAACAGACCUUGGCAUCCGAAGCGUAAUCGGCAUGAAGACCAAGCCUUAUUUUGAAGCCAUAAUCAAGAACCAUAUGAACUCGACACCAUCCACUUUAAUCGGCGUCUUAUUUGACGGCCACAGCGGCCCGGACCCUGUGGCGCUAAACAUCCAUAUCUAUCCUACGAAGCUGCCGCUCGACUAUAACGUGCGCUACGGCCAAAGGCUGGGAACUCAACCUCCUGGUCCGAACAACGAAGCCAAGUACGGUGAAACAAACACGAUCCUACCAAUCAUGUCCCGUAUCGAGUGGUAUCACCUGCUUAUGGUUGCUGAACGAAGGAACAUAUCAUUCCGACAGCAGUUUCAAAUGCGCCGCUUCCCUUACCCGGCCUACAUCGAAGAGCAGGACACGAAGAACUAUGGACUUGUCUUGACCCGCUUUUGCGUCGGCAUGCUUAUUCCCUUCGCGCUAUUCGUGUCGAAACUAACAGACGAGCGUGGCACUGGUAUGAAGGAAAUGUUGAGGCUCAUCGGACUAAGUGACCGGAUCUACUGGAUCAGUCAUUUUUUGAGCGCCUUCUACGUCUUGCUGAUCAUCGUGACAUUGAUGAUGCUGUUCUUAACCGUGAAAAAGAACGCCGAAGGAAGAAGGUUAAUCCAGUACAGUGAUCCGUUACUUCUGUUCUACGUGUUGCUGUCUUUCUGCUCAUCAUGCCUCCUACAUGCUAUGCUCCUGUCUGUCUUCUUCUACAGUCCUGCAUCUGCCGUUGCGGGGUCUAUGCUAUACUGGACCUUCAGUUGCGUCAUGCCAUUUAUGCUCCUGGAGAACCCUAGCGGACGUGGCUACUAUUACAUAAGCCGUAGUGAAAAGAUGUGGACAUCUAUUUUCCCCGGCAUGAAUCUCCACUGGUGCUUCAGAGUAUUGGAACGCUUUGAAAAAUACGUGCCCUCUGGUGCAAACUGGGGCAAUUUCUUCGAAGAAGAUGUUACGCCAGAUAAUGUGACCCUUGCGGAGAUACUCUACGUCGGACUCCUCUCGAACGCUAUCAUUAUGUUCUUAAUCUGGUACCUUGACAACAUCCUCGGUGUUGGCCCUGGCGUAGCAAGGCCCAUUACUUUCCCACUAACGAAGAGUUACUGGGUGCCAAAGAUGUCGUACACGAAAGGCCCUGAAAGGCCCCCCGCUGAAACCAUGAACUUUGAACAGGAACCUACGGACCUGACUGCUUUUAUCGAGUUAAUUCAAGCGACAAAAGAUUACAACGGCGUCAUGGCUGCCUCUGGUGUGAACCUCCGCAUCUUCGAGAAGCAUAUAACUGUCCUCCUUGGCCAUAACGGGGCCGGGAAAACAACGAUAAUGAAUAUGAUUACGGGAUUCAUCCCGCCAAGUUUCGGUCAGGCAAUUGUGUCGGGCUAUGACGUGCAGCAGAGCACGAACAACGCGAGGGCUGGUAUGGGCUACUGCAACCAGUUUAACAUUCUUUUCAGCGGCAUGACUGUGGAAGAACACAUGCUCUUCUUUGGAAUCAUGAAAGGUGGGUCGUGGGCUUCGGUGAGGACUGAAAUUACCAACCUCCUGCGUGAUACUGGACUUCUCGAGGUGCGAUCCGAAGUUGCCACUUACCUCUCUCUGGGCUUUCAACGAAGGCUCUGCAUGGCCCUGGCUAUAAUGGGUGCACCUAAGGUUAUAGUGUUGGACGAACCGACGGCCUACUUAGACCCAGAUGCCCGCCGGGACAUGUGGGAACUCUUGCUGAAGAACCGGCGGAACUGCGCCAUCUUCCUCACUACCCAGUACCUGGACGAAGCUGAUAUUCUGGGUGACCGAAUCGCUAUCAUGGUGAACGGUCGCAUAAGAUGCUGCGGUACUUCUGCUUUCCUCAAACAGCGUUAUGGAACGGGGUACCACAUGCAGAUCAACAAGUUACCCAACUGUAAUGUCACCAAGAUCCAAGGGCUUCUUUCGAAAUACGCGCCCAAAGUUCGCUUACAGAGUGAUUCGGCGAAUGAAGUCGUGUUCAUCCUGGGACAGAUAAUCGCGACAAGGAGGAUAGUCGUCAUGUUUCAAGACUUGGAGCAGAGGAAAGAGGAGUUGGGGAUAGAGUCUGUAGGUCUCAAUGUCAUGACUCUGGGGGAUGUCUUGGUCAGGGUCGGAGAAGCUGAUCAUAUGACGCGGCAAAUAAAGCUCGCUGAGGGUGGCGACGAUAUGGAUGUGAACGAUAAGCGCUCUCUAGUGCAAACAAAGACUGCGACCAGCCCACCGAGCACUUUCUACCGCCUGUUCGCCUUGCUCUUAAAACGUGCUUCAUACGCUAGUCGUCAGUGGAAGGUGCCCCUGUUCAGCUGGUUGUUGCCACCAGUUCUCUUCUACUUGCUCCUUCAACUGGAAUUCAUUUCCGCUCGCGGCGGUUACGAGGUCGCUACAUCAGACAACCGACUGGGUUAUACCUUCGCUGGUAUCUUCGCCACUGCGAGGGCUUAUGUCUUUCAAGAAGGUGAAACUGAAUUCGUGAACGACUUCUUGAAGCCCAAGCUCCGAGAAGGUGCUAGACUGGUGCAGAAUAGACGCAUGAGGAAUGUGUCCAUGUUCUUGCUGGAGUAUUCUUGGAACUGGCUACGAUCGUACCUCUUUGAUUUGCAAGUCGUCUAUGAACUUCACGAGAACGAGGCGACACUGUGGUACAACGGCCAGAAUCCACAUGCAGCCAUUCUAGUCGUGCACGUCUUCAACACCGCCCUACUCAGGAACUUGACGGACGAUCCAUCAGUCAACUUCAACUUAGAAGUGGUCGCUUUCGCGCCGAAGCCUGAAGACGAGGACGAGAGACAGUUCCACCGCACUUACGCAGAUGUCGUUCCGAAGGUUCUCCAGUCUAUUUUCUUUCCCAUGAUCUCCAGCUUGAUGUGCAGUAGCUUCGUCGUCUACCCAGUCAUGGAGCGCGUCCUGCAAAUGAAGCACUUGCAGUUCAUGGCUGGUGUCACGGCUGCUAUGUAUUGGGGCGUCAACUUCGCCUGGGACUUCAUCUUUUUCCUGGGUGCCACUGUGUUCUUGCUGCCGCCUCUGUACAUCACUAUGCAGAGGAUAUCCGCUAGCGGCAUAAUUGCAAUUUGUACGCUGAACUUACUGCACGGUGUCGCGGCUCUUCCUGCAACAUACCUUAUGUCCUACUUAUUCGAUAACCCGAGCUUCGCUUUCUCCACUGUCACCAUAUGCACCUUCAUAUUCGCUGGCCUUGGCUCUAUGUGCGCGGCGUUUGCUGCCGACGUGGCGUCUGCGAUCGGCAGUCGAACGCUAAUGAUGCUCAUCGAAGUAAUGCUGCAACUGCUUCGCUUAUUGCCGUCCUACUCGUACACACGUGGCAUGUUGAAGACCCUGGAACUGAUGAGUGAAAACAAUAUCUGCUACACAGGAGGGCCCGACCUGGAGCAAGCGUGUCUCGCUUCAGCCAUUGACACCGAACUUUCGCUCAAGCGCUGUUGUGAUGCGGCCCCAGAGACACGCAUGGACGCCAUAAUCAAGCCCAUGAGUCCGCACCCUUACUCCGCCUUCUACGAAAUAUGCACGUUAGCCACGGAGGGAGUGAUCCUCUUCGUCGUGCUCGUCUUCAUCGAGUCUCAAUGGAUGAGGAACUUUCGCAGAGCGACCGCUACUAAACCGGGCGCGAGUUCACGAGCGACAGUAUACGAAUCACCUAUGCAGGAUGCAAAGCAGGACAGCGACGUGACUGAGGAGACUAAGCUCGUCGAUGCCUUGCGUCUUGGCGCAUGCGACACCAAGGCAGCUGCCAGUCCGACGGUUAUGGUCGUUUGCCGUCUGCUAAGGUCUUACGGUUACAUGAAACCCAACAUUGUGCUUCGAGACUUGAGCUUCGUGCUACGAAAGGGAGAAUGCUUUGGCCUACUAGGGGUGAAUGGCGCGGGCAAGACAACCACCUUUCGAAUCCUCACAGGUGACAUCCUACCACAUGACGGCGAUGCCUUCAUAGAGAACUACUCUGUGCAAGAGGACACGGCUCAAUUUCAAAGCUACUUAGGCUACUGUCCGCAAAAAGACGGACUCCUGGAUAUGCUGACGGGCACUGAGACAAUCACGCUGUUCUGUCGCCUACGCGGUGUUUAUAUAGCCGGGAACGACUUCGUGGGCACCUUGUUGGACAGCUUUGAUCUCCUCGACAUCGCUGAUUACCUCGUUGGGACAUACAGCGCCGGCAGCCGGCGUAAACUAUCGCUAUGUCUUUCUCUGGUGGGCUUGCCGAAGAUUUUGCUUCUGGACGAGCCGUAUGUAGGCAUCGACACAGCAGUGCGGAAACGUAUCGUCAACUAUAUCAGCGCAUUGCAGAAGGAAUCCAAGAUGUCUAUCGUUCUAUCAUCACACAGCAUGAGUGACGUGGAGUUCUUGUGCAACCGCAUCGCCAUAUUGGGAAGUGGAAAGCUUCAGUGUCUCGGCUCUCUGCCCCACUUGAAAGAGAAAUUCGGGAACGGCUACACUAUCACAGUGAAGACGUAUCCAGACAGAAUACAGGACCUCUACUAUCAGCAGGACGUAGUCCAAGCAGUUAAGGGAUACUUCGUGAAGGCAGAAUUAGUUCACAGCUAUGACGGUCUGCUGGAGUUCCGCAUGACGGACACGCAGAUGGAAUGGAGCGAAAUGUUCUACCGCAUGGCGAGGAUCAAGAAGAGCUUUAAGCUUCAGGAUUUCUACAUCACGGACACUUCCUUGGAACAGAUCUACCAGAGCUUCACGCGAAAAGAAGCCGUCGUAGCUGGACCCACCAGUGUGCAGUCUACUACUGGUGCCCGGAACGUCAUAGCCGGACUUUAAAUCGAUGACCUCGUAAUAAAUGUCCGGAUAAAUAUCAAUAUCUGUUGCCGUCCCG